UGUAUCUCAGAAAGCUGUAGUCUCUAAUCUAUCACAGCAUGAACCAGCUUUAUAUCCUUUUAUUGGCCCUUUGGUCAGCUUUCAAUUCGUCUGAUGCAUUGUACUGGAAUUACCCUACAACAGCACCAGCAACAUCCUCAAGUCUCUGCUGGUACUGGUACAAUAGACCAUGUAACUGGACCACUACUCAACCCCCCUACAGGAGGAAUGUGUAUUACCAGACGCAGACUCAAACCCCCUACAGGAGGAAUGUGUAUUACCAGACACAGACACCAUAUUGGUACACAAGAGCUCAAACACCCUACAGGAGGAAAGUGUAUUACCAGACACAGACUCAAGCCCCCUUUUGGAGGAAACCGUAUUACUAUGCGACAACUCAAACCCCCUACAGGAGGAAUGUGUAUUACCAGACGCAGACACCAUUUUGGCGCAUUCAGAAUGGACAUAAUUCAGAUGUCCCAGUGCCAAAUAUUACAGUUUUCAGGCAGAUGGAGGACAGAGAGCGUGUGAUCGUCAUGUGUUCAUUUGGAAGGAGGCUCACUGAGAGCUCUUUCCAGCUGUUACUGAAGAGUGAAUACAACUAUGCCUUAAAGAACCCACGGUGCUUUUCAAAUGACGUGUGUGCGUUUGAUGUGAAAGUGAGUCCACCGGUUUCCUUCACCUGCAUACACCAGAUUAAUUCUGUUGUGAACCGUCAGAGUGAGACCUACACAUACAGCCUGUCAGAUUUUGCUGCAGAUACUCAUUGCUUGGAUCAUCAUUAUGAAGGAGUAUCUUCAUUCUACAUCACCAUUUUCUCCUUCAUUGCUGUUGGUCUCUUCAUCAUGACUGCAGCAGUGAUCGUGACCACCGUUAAGAGCAAAGCUAAAGGUUCAAUCAAUACUGGGACAGAUAAUGACUAUACUGAUGUAUAAGAGGACGUCAGAGUUUCUAAAGAGAAAAGAACGGACAACCAAUCAAUUAAUCAAUUCAGAUUGAUCAAAUGAUUUUCUGCAUGCUGAACUGUAAUACUCUUUCAAAAUCAUAACAAA